AUUUUAAUGCUACUCUGCUUAAUUGAACUACGAUUACAAUUUUUGAAUUCCGAUGGAUUUGAAUCCGGAAAACAUUUCGUUGUGUGUGAUCAAGAUCGAAACCGACUUGGAACCCAAUUCAGAUUCUGAGGGAGCCGUCUCUGCUGAACAUCCCACCAAUCCCCGAGUGCUUAAGGAGCGGGAACGUGAUCGGGGUCUUCGCCAGGCCCGCGAUAUCACGAUAGAGACAUACACCAACCAGCGUUGGACGCGGGAAUUGAGUGCUUCGAAGGAUCAGGAGACGGAGGGCACCAAGAUGAGCUGGGCGCAGCAGCACGUCAACAGCCCCUCGGCGGGCAGUUCUAGAGAUACCACUCCGCGAAACGGAGAAGAAUCCCAGACGGGCGGUCUGCAGGCGGCCUCCUCCAAGUUUCCCCAGGAGAUCGGCUACUUCUCCGGCAAUCCCAUCGUCGAGGUGACCAAGGGCCUAAUCCAUCUGUACAAGAAAAAUGAACGGAAGGCCAUCAAGGAGGCUCCAUCCAAUCAGCUCUGCCUGCUGGCUGUGCCAGCCACUCUAAACUGCCACGAUCUGCUGAACUUCAUUGCUCCCUGCCAUGCGGAGAUCAAGCACGUCCAGAUUGUCCGCGAUGGAAGCCCCAAUCAGUUCAUGGUGCUGCUUGAAUUCCGAUCGAAUGAAUCAGCGUUGGAGUUCUACAACUCCUACAACGGCAUUGCCUACAACUCCUUGGAGCCUGACUCACUGUGCCACGCUGUUUGGGUUUCGGCGGUGGAGAGGAGCGAACAUGGAGCCCCGCCAUUGGGGCACACGGAGCUGCCCACCUGUCCAGUGUGCCUGGAGCGCAUGGACGAGAGCGUGGAUGGAGUGCUUACGAUCUUGUGCAACCACGCCUUCCACGCCAGCUGCUUGAUGAAGUGGGGCGAUUCCACCUGCCCGGUUUGUCGUCAUGUGCAGACCCCGGAACUAAUUGGGGAGUCCGUGUGCAUGGAAUGCGAGGGAACCGACUCUCUCUGGAUCUGCCUGAUCUGCGGACAUGUCGGAUGCGGUCGGUACCAAGGAGGCCAUGCUGCCGCCCAUUACAGGGCCACCAAUCACACCUUCGCCAUGCAACUGGGCACUUCGAGCGUUUGGGACUACGCCGGCGACAACUUUGUGCACCGUUUGUUUCAAAACAAGACCGACGGCAAGUUGGUGGCCUCUCAAACCGAGAAAGACGAGCGCGAGGAGAAGAUCGACUCCAUGCAGAUGGAGUUCACCUAUCUACUCACCUCCCAGCUAGACACACAGCGAAAGUACUACGAGGAGCGGAUGGAGAGGCUGGAGCAGGAGUGGCAGGGCUUCAAAGAAACCUCCAACGACUUGCAGCAACUGCAGCAGACCAUGCAAAAGGAGAAGAUUAACUUGGAACGCAAGCUGGCACAGCAUACAGCCAAGUUAAAGGAAGUGCAGAAGCAACUCAACGAGGAACGUGAGCUGUCCAAGGCCCUGCAGACCAACCAAAGUUCCUGGCACGGCAAAUACAAAGUCUUGGAGCAGCAGUACAACGAGUUUAAGCACAAUCACGACGCCGAAGUCACCGACCUAAGGGAACAGCUCCGCGACAUUAUGUUCUUUUUGGACAAUCAGCAAAAGAUGGCAAACUCAGAGCUGGCUGGCGCCUCCAUUACUGGAAUCGGCGAGAAGGAGCCGGAACCGAACACCAGGCGCGGCAAUCGGCGCAAAAAGUAAAAUUUACCUAUCAUACCAUGCACAUUCAUAAAUGUAUUUUGAUUAAGAGCUGCAUUGUUUACUCGAUUCGCAAAACGAGUAUAUAAAUUUAGUAACAGCUCUUUACAUAUGUGAUUUCCUUUGUGAAGCAAAAACCCAAGGAUAAAAUAUACCUAGUGUACGUGUACUACUACUCUUAAGCUUAUUGAAAAGUAUUUGUCUGAAAUGUAUUGCGUUUUAAGUUGGAAUCAAUUAAAAGUUUGAAGUGAUUCUCCGA